CCGUGCAUGCGUGUUCCAAUAAAUUCCCUCCUCAUUGGCACGCUUGACCUAUUCCUUUGCAGCACCUUCUGCUGUCAACAUCUACUGCUGUUCUCCAUUACCGGAGAGAUGGUGCCCGCUCUCAAGUCAGUGUUUUUGUGCUUGUGUGCUACUGUCUCAGCAUUGGGGACUCGAUUGCCUUCCACUACUGAUGAAUAUGUUAACAUAUUGUUACCCGCGACUAGGGCCAUCAACGCUGUUUUAGCAACGAUGCCAAACCACCAUUGUUCUGUGUUCCUUCUCACAGACGGCAGAGCCUCAGCCAACGCCAUCUUCAAAGUCAUAGAACAGAUACGGGCCUCUGGAGUGGGAUUGUUCAAGGUGGAUGGUCAGGAUGCAAUGAUCAAGCAGACGCAGUUUUCUCAAGUGAUCUACGAGGCACGGCGGCUGCGGCAGGUGUCAUGGUGCGUGACGGUGGUGGUGGUGAGCGACGACCCAGCCUUCCUCGCCGCCUUCGCUGAGUGGUCCCUCAAGGGCCGCCUCCUGGUGUGGCCGACGAGGCUCCUCGUCGUCACCCGCCUGCCCCUCCCCGAGCUCCACCACCUACACAAGUUACUCUCCAUGACCAACUCCAUGUUGUUGAUAUUGGAAAAAGAUCAAGGAAAUAUCAGUUGCAGCCUUUAUGUGCACCUACCGUACAGUCCGCGGGGAGCCCAGACAUUGAGAGUUGCUUCCUGGACAUCACACCGAGGCCUCGCUCUCACCACUCAUCUCUCAUUGUACCCUGACAAAUUUUCCACAUUUCUCCUGCGGCCAAACCUUGUGGUGGCGACAGAGAGAAACCCUAUCAACAAAAUAACAUCUUUUAACGAUGGUGAGGGAGGAAAGGGACAGAGGUUUAAGGUUACUGGUCCUAUGAACAUGCUGGUGGAUUACCUAGCAAAGGCUCAUAACUUCUCGUACACAUACAUGCGGCCUCCUGAUGGGUCAUGGGGCCAUUUGAAUGAGAACGGGUCUUGGUCUGGCAUGGUGGGGAUGGUAGUCAGGAAGGAAGCAGAUCUCGCUUCUGGUCCUUUUGGUUUAAAUGAGAACCGCGCUAAGGCGAUAGACUAUACUGCACCAGUGUUGGUGGAAGACAACAGGCUGCUGGGUGCUCGAGGAAAACCCACGGUGGACCCUUGGGGCUUCCUCCUGCCCCUGGCGCCGUGGGUGUGGGUGGCAAUCCUUACAGCACUUCAUGCGCUGCCUGUGAUAAAGAUAUUGUUGGAUUCCUGUUUCUUCAAGAUAUCAAAUGGGCAAGAGCGGUGGCUCAAGGAUACCUCCGCUUAUCUGCGCAUUUUAUUACAGCAAGACGUCUCUGAGCGCUCAUACUGGUGGGAGUGGGAGCGGAUCGUUUUGGGGGUGUGGAUGUUGAUGACCCUGGUGUUAACACGGAGCUACGCCGGCAACCUCAUGUCCCUCCUGGCCGUGAGACACAUCUCAGAGCCUUACCAGACCGGUCAAGAUUUUUUAGAUGAUCCAUCAGCCACCAUGAUAUGGGUAAAAGGUUCCGGCUAUAAACAGUAUAUAUAUGCAGCUGAAUCAGGAACAUAUCAUACAGUUGCCGACUUAGAUAAAGAAGGACGUAUCUUAUUCGCUCCUCUCCCAGAAUUUCCCCGUUUAGUUGACACCUUGGUAAGGCGGGGUGACCACGUCCUUAAUGCUGUACUGAUGUCUUUAAGAAUCUAUAUGGCUGAUGAAUUUAAACGCAAAGGCAGCUGCACUUUUUACAUCUCUAAAGAGCCGAUGCGUCCUGGGGACAUGGUUAUGAUUGGGCAGAAGGACAACCCAUUGGUUUCUUCUAUAAGUAAAAGAAUCAAAGCGAUGACUGAGGCUGGACUGUUCGUCCAGUGGAUGAAGAUGGAUGAACCAAAGUCAACCAUCUGUGAUCACGAGCCCAGGAAGAUCACCGUCAUGACCUCUCUCACCCUCAGCAAUCUUUGGGGAAUGUUCGUGUUGCUGGCCGCUGGAUAUGUUAUCAGUCUGUUUUUGCUCUGUUUUGAGGUUCUUUCGGUUUGUACUUAUUAAUUUUGAGGAUAUUAAGCAGGAAUUUAUGAUCUGGAUAAGACAAGAGACUCGAUUACAAACUGCUGUGGGAACAGAUUUGCCAUUACUAUUCACUGCGUCUUGGUAACUCAACCAACCAACUAUAUGAUAAACUGUUUCUUGAUAACAUGGAUGAUUAUACGCUCACAAAUGCAGACAAACGCCCUAAAGAAUAACCACGCCGACAUACGGUAAUAACUUACACACAAAUACAUCGUAACACUACCAAAAAAGAUUAAAAAAAAACAUUAAACAGACGCAAAGUAAACACAUAGGAACUAGAUCCACAUAACGGAAAAAGUCACCAAGCAGUCAAAUCAACUAUAGGGCGAUGGUAGUGAGUCUAUGCGCCAUCCCUCUAGGGCCCACUACUACUCCAAGAUCCCCUGCUGGUCUAGCCUGGGUCCACGAGGCACCCAGUUACCGUGUGGUGCCACGAGGAGGCAUAGCAGGAGUCGUGAUGGUGAGGAGACCCCGAUACCGGCAGGGGAACACUUAGCAAUUUGCUUCCCAGUUCGCCACGAGGGCUAGCCAGCGGCAGCAGCUGAAAGCGAGAGGGAGCAAGCAGCACUUGCACCUUAGCACUAACAUUAUACUGCCACACGAGACGCAUUUCACCACCCUGUGUGUGUGGCACACACACGCACACUCACACACACUCACUAACUUGUUUUCCUCAGUUACCUUCAAUAUAUACUAUCAGAAAACCUUUAUUUAAUUUAGAAAAAAUGGUUUAAAGAUGACCAACUAGAGUGCGUUCCUAUGUUUGCUUGUUAUUAAUUUACAGGAAAAAAAUAAAAUACGAAUUUUAAUUUUUGGUGAAGACAAUAAGAAUCGUUCAAGGAAAAUUUCGAUUUUUUUGUCAGAUUUUUGUGUACCUUUUAUCUUCUACCACCGUCUUUUUCCUUUAACAACUUGACAAAGUUAUGAUUUAUUUAUUGACUUUGACUAUUGGAAAACUCCCUCGAUCUCUUCAAGUGAAGGAAGGGAUUCCCGUUUUCAAUAAUCAUUUCUGUUUGGACCUCUAUGCUGAAGUAUUGGAACAAGACACUCGAUGCUCUGGAGCAGUGCUUCGUAAACUUACUCUUCCCGCGCCCUUGUAACAAACUUAUCUCUGACCCAAAACCUCUCCUCCUCCUCCCUGAUAUUUAAGCGUACUGGAUAUUAUUACAGUUCAUCAAAUUAAGAAAGAAAUAAAGACAUUUUCCACUUACAAUAUUUAUAAAAUGAAUAAUCCAUAGGUAUCCAGCUGUAGCGUAUUUACCUGUAAUCAAACCUAAAUAUACAUAAAACUGUUCGAACGACAACGUUUUAUUGCGCACUCUUCGACAACAGAAACAAUCAGGACGUCAUCACUAUAAGACCAAGUAGGAAAAGGGUUGGAAGCAUAAUGUGUUGUCUAUGGUGGACCCUGCUACCAUAUGGCAUCACAAAAAUUGUGACCAAGUCCCAGGUUGCUGAUCUAACUUUCUGUCU